AUGGAGCAGCAGCAACAGCAACCCCCGCAGCAGCCGCAACAGCAGCAGCAGCAACAAUCGCAGCAAUCGCAGCCUCAACAGCAUGCUUCUCAGCAGCAGCCCCAGGUUGGCGGCGUCCCUGGGCCUGCUGGACGCAGACUUCAUAUUGCCCAUCGCCGAAGCCCUUCUGAGCUGACGCCACUGAUGAGCAUGUUUGCUAACCCUGGAAUGGAGCAGCUUGCCAUUCAGCAGCAGAUCGAGUUGUUGCAACAGCAGCAGCAGCAGAUUCAAGCUACGCAUCAGCAAUAUGUCAACAUGGGGAUGAUGCCUCCAGGACAGCCUAUCGGUCCUGGCGGUGCGUUCAAUCCUUUGCAGCCAAUGCCUAAUAUGUCGCAGGCUGCUUUCCAGUUCCCCAACCAAGUGCCUCAGCAGAACAUUGCCCCCCCUACCCAGCCACUAUCACAUCGCCGUAAUCAGUCGGCACUUCCCAACAUGGGCAUGGGACCUCCUCCCGCGCCCUCCUCUGGAGCUUCUGGAAACGCCCCCUUCGGCAGCUUUGAAGCCCCUCAAGCCCAAGCCCAAGGACGAGAGAACUCCGGAAGCCGAGGCGGUCGUGGUGGACCCCCUGGCGGAGGUCAUCAGAGAAGGCACUCUCUCGCUCUUGCCGACGCCAAGAAGGCCGCCGAACUCGCCCAGCAGAAGCGAACGACUACCGGCUUUUCGUUCCCUGCCUCUCCUGCCCCUGAUGACGAGAACAAGCCUGCUUCUCAGUCUACUCUCGAUGUUCCCGUCGCCCAAGGAUCAGGCCGCGGAGGACGUGGGGGUCAUGGCCGCAGCCAGAGCAUGGCCGUCAAUGGCCGAGGCGGCGGCCGUGGUGGUGGAUUGAACGCCGAGAGCAGCGAGUUCCAGCGCCGCGGUAGCGGUCACGCUCGUACCGGAUCCCGUAACUUCGAAGGAAACUGGCGUACUCAAGGCCAGGGUCAGGACCAGCCUGGCAACGCUGGCCAGAACCAAGGUUUCCAACCUGGCCAUCGACCUCGUGGAUCCAUGAACCAAUCCGUCUCCGGAGUAGGAGGUUUCCAGUACAACCCUAACCAGCCCCAGGUCAUGCAGAUGCCAAACCAGAUGAUGAUGCCUCAGAUGUACGGUCAGCAGCUUAACCCCAUGCAGCUGAACCAGCUGCAGGCUUUGCAAGCCGCUCAGAUGAACGGCCAGCAAUUUGUCGGUCUCCAGGGCUCCCAGCAUGCUGGUCAACUCGGCGGUCAGCAGCAGCAACAGCAGCGCAAGACCCUGUUCACCCCCUACCUCCCCCAGGCUUCUCUUCCAGCUCUCUUGGGUGAUGGCCAGCUCGUUUCUGGUAUCCUCCGUGUUAACAAGAAGAACCGUAGCGAUGCUUAUGUUACCACUCAGGAUGGCCUUCUUGAUGCUGAUAUCUUCAUUUGCGGUAGCAAGGACCGAAACCGUGCGCUUGAGGGUGAUCUUGUCGCCGUUGAGCUUCUAGAUGUUGAUGAAGUCUGGGGCCAGAAGCGCGAGAAAGAAGAGAAGAAGAAGCGCAAGGACAUCACUGACACCCGAUCUGGAUCCACCAACCAGGGCAACCAGAACUCUGGUAACAACAACGAGGGUAACCCCCCUGAGGGUGGCAUUCGCCGUCGUGGCAGUCUGCGCCAGCGACCCACCCAAAAGAAGAACGACGACGUCGAAGUCGAAGGCCAGAGCCUCCUCCUUGUCGAGGAGGAGGAAAUUAAUGACGAGCAGAAGCCUCUGUACGCUGGUCACGUCGUUGCGGUUGUUGAGCGUGUUGCCGGUCAAAUGUUCUCCGGUACCCUUGGGCUGCUUCGUCCCAGCAGUCAAGCCACCAAGGAAAAGCAGGAGGCCGAGAGGGCUGCCCGUGAGGGUAACAACUCCCGUCACCCCGAGCCUCGACAACAGGAGAAGCCAAAGAUUGUUUGGUUCAAGCCCACGGAUAAGCGUGUACCCCUCAUCGCUAUCCCCACUGAGCAGGCCCCCCGCGAUUUCGUCGAGAAGCACCAAGACUACGCGGACCGAAUCUUUGUGGCUUGCAUAAAGCGCUGGCCUAUUACUUCCCUCCACCCCUUCGGAACUCUCGUCGAGCAGCUUGGACGCAUGGGCGAUCUCAAGGUUGAGACUGACGCUCUCCUUCGUGACAACAACUUUGCUUCAGACGAGUUUUCUGAUGCUGUUCUUCGCAGCGUUGGUCUCCAGGAUUGGUCUCUCGAAAAAGAAGAUGAGGCUGCUAUUGCCGAGCGUCGCGACUACCGCGAGGAGAAGGCCUUCACAAUCGACUACAACGGAGGUGCUGAACUCGGCAAUGCUAUCCAUGUCAAGUCUCGCCCUGAUGGCAAGAUAGAGAUCGGUGUCCACGUUGCAGACAUUGCUCACUUCGUCAAGCCCAACUCUCUUGUCGACCGUGAGGCCAAGAAGCGAGGCACCUCAGUUCAGCUCAAGAACCGUUUCUGUGCUUUGUUGCCUCCCAAGCUGUCCACUGACAUCUGCUCUUUGACCCCCGAUCAGGAUCGCCUCGCUGUGUCUGUUGUUUUCAACGUAAACCCCCACACAGGAUCUGUUGCCGAAGGUGACGCCUGGGUUGGUCGUUCAAUUGUCAAGAGUGCUGGCAAGGUUUCCCUCAACGAAAUUAACGAGGCUCUCACCAACCCCUCUGAGUACAAGAACUCGGCUGUUCCUGUUAACAGCAUUCAGAUUCUUAACGCUGUUUCACAGAAGUUCCGGGAAACUCGCCUGGGUGCUGGUGGCGAGCCGAUUGCCCCUCUCAGGCUGUUCCAGCAGCUUGACGACGAGAAUGAUCCAGUCCAGGACAACCUCUUUGACUCCACCCAGGCUCUCGAGCUUGUUGAAGAGUUGGUUCACAAGGCCAAUGCUCAUGUGGCACAACGACUUGUUGAGGGACUUCCCGAGAAGGCUUUCCUCCGUCGCCAGUCCGCCCCUAACCCUCGUCGCCUUCAGACCUUUGUCGAGCGUAUGACAGCUUUGGGUUACGAUAUCGACUCGUCUGGCAGCGGAGCUCUCCAAAACAGCCUCUUUAAGGUCGAUGACCCUGAUCUGCGCAAGGGCAUGGAGACACUCGUCGUCAAAUCUAUGCAGAGGGCCAAGUACUUCAUCUCAGGAAAGACCAACAAGCAAUUGUGGCCUAACUAUGCUCUCAACCUGCCUCUUUACACUCACUUCACCAGUCCUACUCGUCGUUACGCCGACAUAAUUGUUCAUCGUCAAUUGGAGGCUGUUCUCUCCGAGGGCAAGAUUGAGUUCACUGACGACUUGGAAAACCUUGUCAAGACUGCCGAGUCCUGCAACACUAAGAAGGACUCGGCUCAAAAUGCUCAAGAGCAGAGCGUUCACAUCGAAUCUUGCCGAACAAUGGACAAGAAGCGACAGGAAGCUAACGGUGAUCUCAUCGCCGAGGGUAUUGUCCUGUGCGUGUACGAGUCAGCCUUUGAUGUCCUCAUUCCUGAGUGGGGAUUCGAGAAGCGAGUCCACUGCGAUCAGCUGCCUUUGAAGAAGGCUGAGUUCCGUAAGGAGAAGCGAGUCCUCGAGCUCUACUGGGAGAAGGGUGUUCCCAGCUCCGCCUUUGUACCCGAAGAUGAGCGACCCAAGGCGGCAGCUUCCAUUCGACACUCGAAUGCUAUGGCUGCCCAGCGUCAGGCUGAAGAGGCCGAACGCGCCCGAAAGGAGCGUGAAGAGGCUACCCGUAAGCAAACUGAGACAGGCACCAUCUCUACUGAUGAUGUCGAUGCCCUGUUCGACGACGAUGACGACAACCAAUCAGACGUGACCGAGGCUAUGGCCGGAGCUUCACUGGCUGAACGUCCGACCCAGAGUGUUCCCGGUUCCCCAACUCGAUCCACAUCCAACGCUGGCAACCUGCACCGCACUCGCUCUGACUCCAAGGUUCCCGUGACAGAGGCUGUUGAGACUCGCCUCACCAACAAGGAGAAGUACCUCAACCUGUUCUCGCUCCGCGAAGAGGGCGGCGACUACAUCCAGGAUGUGACGGAGAUGACGAGAGUGCCGGUCAUUCUGAAGACUGAUCUUACCAAGAGCCCACCUUGCCUGACAAUCCGAUCCCUGAACCCUUACGCUCUGUAG